CUGCGUGGUUUUUUUUGCCGUUUUUGCAGUAGUGUCCAUGCGCCGCUGGGCGAGACUGCGCUGUGGUUGUGUGCAGAGUUCCCAUUCUCCCAACAGAGAGGGAGGAGAGACUGCGAACGGGAGAAAGGCCGCCAUUACUGGGAAGCUGGGGGAAAAAUACAUUUACACUCUCGCAUACAUACACACACAUUCUCUCACGCACAUCGGUUUGCAAACGGCUUGUCCGAGGGAGUAAAACUAACUAAUAUGGAGCUGUCGGGAGGAGUCGCAUUGUCGAGCCAUAUGCUGUGAAAGCAACUUAAACGUGGCUCGGCAAGGGAACAGGCAUGUCCAAAGUGUUUUUGGAGCGCAACAAAGGAAAUAAUAAUUGGUCAAAAAACAACGUGGUGAGCCCAGAGGAAGACGCAGCGACACAAACCUCUGAUUUUUGUUCCUUCUACGCCCCCUCCUUUCAAACAAGAAAAUCCAGUGGACCACAUACCGACAUCUAGGAUUGUUUUUUCGCCGGUCGAAGCCUGUAUUUCUCCCUUUUAGCAUUGGGGUGGAAGAGAGCAAGAACCAAGAAACUGGGAAACAAACUUUACGCGACUGAAAUGGAAGCGUAAUUUGGAUAGGAACACUGUUUACGCAUCAGCAAAAGAAAGGGAACUAACUAAGCCAUUCUAAAGACCUUUUGUCGAACUGCUAUCUAUCUUGGCUUUAUUCUAUUUUUCCUCCCAGCCGGCCCGGGGUUUGCUACUUCAGUGUCCAACAGAGACCAGCAGCGUACAAGAGGGAGAGUAAACCGGAGAGACGGAGGAAUGCUAUGAUCUGGACCAGACCUGCACCAGAUCAGGAUCAGAUUAAGACUGGACCAGAACCACGGAUGAGCCAGAUUACAGGUCAGAGCGGGAGUGGAUAAACUUAAGACCCCGUUCCACCACACUUCCUGGACCUACAGUGGAUGAGAUGGGUCAGAAUAGAGCGACAUUGUCCGCUUCCGCCUAAGCGCCUCCUACUGCCUUCCUCCCCCACCCUGCCCCCUCCAUACCCUCUUCCUCACCCUCUCACCCCCCACCCCUUGCCCUCAGCCCCUUCCUUUAGCCCCCCCUUCCUCAACUGGAUUUUGGACUGGAUUUUGAGGCUACAGCCCUGUAGAUUGCAAGCAAAGCCUGGGCCAAACAGAAGGAAAAAUCAGCAUAGACUUUGCAAUUUUUCAUAGUUUUGUUUUUCUGUGAUUUUUUUUUUUCUUUCUUGGGACAAAGACUGAAAGCACUUGUAUGGAACAUUGCAGUGUGCAAACUAGAGCUUCUGGGAAUGUCAGGAUGAGGGCCCUUAUACGAUGAUGAUGGCUAAAAAGCAAGAUGCCCGGACGCCCACCCACAAUCUGGUUGUGGUCGGUUUGUCCGGGACCGAGAAGGAGAAAGGGCAGUGUGGAGUCGGAAAGUCAUGUCUGUGCAAUCGCUUUGUCCGCCCCAGUGCCGAUGACUUCUACCUGGACCACACCUCUGUUCUCAGUACCAGCGACUUCGGGGGUCGCGUGGUGAACAAUGACCACUUCCUGUUUUGGGGCGAGGCCGGGCGCACAGUGGAGGACGGGUUUGAGUGCCGCAUGCAUGUCGUGGAGCAGACGGAAUUCAUCGAUGACCAAACGUUCCAGCCCCACCGCAGCACAGCCCUGCAACCCUACAUCAAGAGAGCCGCCUCCACCAAGCUGGCGUCGGCCGAGAAGCUGAUGUACUUCUGUACGGACCAGUUAGGCUUGGAGCAGGACUUUGAGCAGAAGCAGAUGCCAGAGGGCAAGCUGACUGUGGACGGCUUCCUGUUGUGUGUGGACGUGAGCCGGGGCAUGAACCGCAACUUCGACGACCAGAUGAAGUUCAUCACCAACCUCUACAACCAGCUGGCUAAAACCAAGAAGCCAGUAGUGCUGGUGCUGACGAAAUGUGAUGAGGGAGUUGAGCGCUACAUCAAGGACUCGCACACCUUCGCCUUGACAAAGAAGAACCUGCAAGUCGUUGAGACUUCUGCCCGCUCCAAUGUCAAUGUGGAACUUGCCUUCAUAACCCUUGUGCAGCUGAUUGAUAAAAGUCGCGGGAAGCCCAAGAUCAUCCCUUACUUUGAGGCUCUGAAGCAACAGAGCCAGCAAAUAGCUUCGGCCAAGGACCGCUAUGAGUGGCUGGUCAGUCGCAUUGUGAAGAAUCACAAUGAGACAUGGCCUAAUAUCAACCGACGAAUGCAGACGUUCAGUGAGUACAAAGAAUAUGUCUUCCUGGAAGGCACGUCCAAAGCCAAGAAGCUCUUCCAGCAACAUGUGCACAGACUGAAACAGGAACACAUUGAGAAGCGCCGCAGAAUCUACCUUAACACUCUGCCGCAGGCUUUGAGAACCCUGGUGGCAGACCUAGAUGAGAUUGACCACCUCAGCUGGUCAGGAGUCCAGAAGGUUUUAGAGACCAAGAGGGAGUUCUCCACGUGGUUUGUGGUGCUCGAUGACACGCCUUGGGAAACCACGCCGCACAUAGACAACAUGGAGGAUGAGCGUAUCCCUCAAGAUCUACUGGAGACUCCCGCAGCUGAAGGGGUCUAUGAGAAUCACUUGGGACAACUACGAGAUGAUCGGAAACGGGCCGAGAUGAGAUGGGAGUUCAAGGAGAAGCUGAGCAUUUCCCCUUUUGUAACUCCCGGGAAGCCGUGGGAAGAGGCUAGAAGCUUCAUCAUGAAUGAGGAAUUCUACCAGUGGCUCGAGGAGACCGAGUACCUUGACAUCUACAACAAGCACCAGAAGGAGAUAAUCGACCGUGCCAAAGAAGACUUCCAGGAGCUUCUGCUGGAGUACUCGGAGCUUUUCUAUGAGCUCGAGUUGGACGCCAAGCCCAGCAAGGAAAAAAUGGGUACAAUCCAGGAGGUCCUUGGAGAAGAACCAAGGUUCAAGGCACUGCAGAAGCUGCAGGCUGAGAGAGAUGCCCUUGUGCUGAAGCAUAUCCACUUCGUCUACCACCCCACAAAGGAUACUUGUCCUAAUAGUCCCAACUGUGUUGAUGGGAAGAUAGAACAAGUCCUGGCCUCUCGAUUCCCCACCCGCUACUCCUUUUCCGACGGGCAGAAGUCUCAGUAUGGCGAAGGCAAAGUAGAAAGGAUCAACUUGGUAAUCCUAGGCAAAGAUGGUCUGGCCAGGGAAAUGGCCAACGAGAUCAGGGCACUAUGCACCAACGACGACCGGUACGUGCUGGACGGGAGGAUGUACGAGCUGUCAUUACGGCCUAUCGAGGGCAACGUGCGUCUGCCUGUUAAUUCCUUCCACACGCCCACUUUCACACCACACGGAUGCCUCUGCCUCUACAACUCCAAGGAGUCCUUAUCGUAUGUGAUGGAGAGUAUUGAAAAGCUGCGGGAGUCCACAAUAAGCCGACGGGAGAACAGCUUGGCUCUGCUCCCCCUAUCCCUUCUCCUGGUGACCAAGCGAGGAGUGGGCUCGGUGGGGGACAUCGGAGGUGAGACGGCCCACAGCUUGAUCGUCCAGGGGCAGCAGGUCGCUGGCAGGCUGCAGUGCAGCUACCUGGAGCCGGCCUCCCCCGGCGCCGGCUACGGGCGCAACGUCAACGAGAAACAGAUCAACCUGUUCCUGAGGGACCUCCUGGAGUCCCGCAAGACCCCUAGCAGUUUGGGCAGUAGCUCACCCCCUCCUGUGCCCGCCUUCAGGGACCAGCAUGCCCCACAGAGCUCGGGCUCAGAUGCGGACCUGCGCAUCAUCAUGUGCCUGAUGUGUGGCGACUCCUACGACGUGGACCAGCUCCUCUCCCCCUUCCUGCUGCCCCAGCAUUGCAGGCCGUCGUCCAGCCUGAGCAGCGGCACCUCUGUACUGCUGGAGCUUCCAGUCGGUAGCCAGAAGCAGAGCAUAGACCUCUCCCUGCUCUCAUACCACUCUUCCUUCUCCCUGCGGAAGAGCCGGCUAGUUCACGGCUACAUCGCCGUGUACUCGGCCAAGAGGAAGGCGUCCAUGGAGACCCUGUGUGCGUUCCUUUGCGAAGUGCAGGACAUCAUUCCUGUGCAGCUGAUUGCCGUCGGGGAGAGCCAGGUGGAGCUAGCGGACUUCGACAUGGCCCGGGAGCAGGUAUCACAAGGUGAAGAGCUGGCUCACGAGCUCGAGGCCCGCUUUAGUACAGUGGUUUGUGGUCCCGGUGGGGUAGUCGGCGGCCUGCACCGAAUAGACCUCUUCCAGCCCUUCCUGAAGGAAGUGGUCGAGAAGAAGACUAUUGUGGAGGCCACACACAUGUACGACAAUGUGGCGGAAGCUUGCAGCACCAACGAGAGCGUCCAUUCGCCUCGCUGCGGCUCGCCAAGCCCCAUCACCACUCUGCUGGACUCGGAGGAUGAUGUGGACCCUUCGCCACCGUAUCCCGAUGGCACACUGACCUCUCACAUGGGUGGCUACAAGCCUCCCGACCUGGAGGUCAGUGACACCUUCUCGGUUAUCUCGGAGAUGUUCGAAAGCAAGAUCAACAACAAGGUGCCUCCGCAAGUGAGGCCCAAGCCCAUGGUCACAUUCGAUAUCCGCACGGGGAACCGGCGCUCUAUGCCUGCCGUAACGUGGGCGCCGGGCGGUGACACUGGCUACGACCCCUCUGACUACGCUGAGCCCAUGGACGCGGUGGCGAAGCCUCGCCCUACAGAGGAGGAGAACAUCUACUCUGUCCCGCACGACAGCACACAGGGCAAAAUCAUCACCAUCCGCAACGCCAACAAGAGCCACUCCAACGGCGGCGGGAACGGCUCCGACAGCGAGGCCGACAGCAGCUCGCUGGAGCGCCGGCGCAAGCUGUCGGCGGUUGGCGUGAAGCCGCUGCUGUACCGCGACCGCUCCAAACGGCUGGGCAAGUUUAGCACUUUCCGCACCAGCUUCUCUAUAGGCAGCGACGACGAGAUGGGCGGACCCCCCAAGAUCAAGGAGGAUGAGGUGGGGCCGCACAAAGGAGACAACUCGCUGAACGAGGAAGGAGAGGACCCGAAGAAAAGGAACAUCCUGAAGAGCCUGCGUAGAACUACCAAGCAAAAAAGGCCGAAGCCGCGCCAUUCCAUCUCCAAGCCACUGGAGAGCAACUACUUUGGGGUGCCGCUGGUGCAGGUGGUCUCCCCGGACAGGCCCAUCCCCCUCUUCAUCGACAAAUGCAUCCGCUACAUCGAGGCCACAGGGAUGAGUACUGAGGGCAUCUACAGAGUGAGUGGAAAUAAAGCGGAGAUGGAGAGCAUGCAGAGACAGUUUGAUCAGGAUCAUAGCCUGGACCUAGUGGAGAAGGAAUUCACUGUGAACACAGUGGCAGGAGCCAUGAAGAGCUUCUUCUCUGAGCUGCCCGAACCACUGGUGCCCUACAACAUGCAGCUGGACCUGGUUGAGUCUUACAAAAUCAACGAUCGAGAGCAGCGCUUCCACACCAUGAAGGAUGUUCUUCGCCACUUCCCACGGGAGAACUAUGACGUCUUCAAAUUUGUCAUCAGUCACCUCCACAAGGUGAGCCAGCUGAACCGGGUGAACUUGAUGACCAGUGAGAACCUGUCCAUCUGCUUCUGGCCCACGCUCAUGCGGCCUGACUUCACCACCAUGGACGCGCUGACCGCCACGCGCACCUACCAGACAAUCAUCGAGACCUUCAUCCACCAGUGCGCGUUCUUCUUCUACAAUCAGCCGCUGGCCUCCGACAUCCCCGCCCCCUCCUCCGGCAACAUCAUGGGCAGCGGCAUCGGCAUCAGCCUCGGCGGAACGGCGGGCAUCCCCGGCUCUCCGACGUCCGCCCAGGCGCCCGCGUCCGGUUCCUCCCCCGCCUACUCCUCGUCCACCACGUCCUUUCUCCCGCUGACGCCGCCGGUCAUCCCCGGCUUCACGCCGCCUCAUCAGCUCUUCCAGAUGCAGCAACAACAACAACAACAACAUCAUCAUCAUCAUCAUCAUCAUCAUCAGCAUCAGCAGUCUCCUCCCCAUUCUCCGCCUCUGACCCCACAGUCACCAAUCCAGGCCCUGCUGCCCCCCCUACACCCCCACCACCACACCCCCCCUGCCGAGCAACACAUGCUUUAGAUGGAGGGAGAGGGAGAGAGAGAGAAAAGGAGGGAUGAAGGUUAGUUAGGGAAAAAUAACAAAGAUAGAUGGGAUGAGAGUGAAAGAGUAGGAGAGGAGAGAGAGAAAUAAAUAAAUAGAUAGAUAGAGAGAGAGAGAGAGAGAGAGAGAGAGAGAGAGAGAGAGAGAGAGAGAGACAGGAGAAUGUAGACAGGAGGGAGGAAGACCCGUAAUGAGAUUUUCUUGAAGGGAUGGGUAAAGAGGAGGAUGUUAAAAGAGAAGAGGACGUGCACAGUGGGCAGGGAGGGAGGGGGUCGUUGGGGUGCGGUCACCCCUGGCUUCGGACCUGACUAGACUUGCGGUAAAUCGUGCCUGCCAUGUCCAGGCGCAUGUAGGUGAGAAGACUGGGAUUCGGGCAGACAGACAGAGAUAGGGAGAAUAGAAGAGAUUACCACUUGUGUUUGAGCCACUUUAUCCGUGCUUUGUCCUCCCCCAACGCCAGCGCCCCCCCCCCCCCCACUCACACACACACACACACACACACACACACACACACACACACACACACACACACACACCUCAGCUACACACAAUAGCAGUGCAAUUUUUGACGAUCAUAGCUCCUCUUCAGUUGCCUUCUCUUUCCAAUUUCCUUUGCUGCCUUAGUAUGCCCACUCACACUCACACACACACACACACACACACAUGCAUACACACAUACAUACACACGGUCUCACCUGCAUCCAAGCCCUGGUGUUGGUGCGAGUCCUCCAGGGCCUCUGAGAUGUUGUUUGACCCCUGCAAGGGGGAUUAGAAUUGGGAGAAGGUCAAGGAGACGUUGACCUUGACCUCUGUGUGACCUCUGAACUUUGCCCCUGUCUAAGGGGUAUUGGGACCACUCCUUUCCUGCCACCGCCUUGCUCUCCUCAAUAGGUGCACCAGGACGGUCAUAUGAGGGGGUGGAUAGGGGGCACAGGGCUGCAGCAGGUGUCCAAGUUCCACAGCUGAACCCAGAAGACCACUAGACUUACCCCACAUGCUUCUGACCACUGCAAAUGAGACUGGGUAUUACAGAUGGGCUACAACAAUAACAAUAAUAACAGUAGUAGGGAGACUCUUGCGUUGAUUCAGACGAGUUUCUCCACCACGUACAUACAGACCCUGUGAGCUAUCUCCUGCACACACAUUCCUGAUCCUUCUCCUGAUCACAGGUGCAGCCACCGCUGAUGUCCGACAGACAGACAGACAGACAGACGCAAACACACUCUCCGAAUUAGACCAACUGGAUCCCGUUCCACUUGAUGCCUGGACACGCCUGAUGCCCUGGGAGCCAAUCGCAUGACAUCAUGGGACAUGCCGCCCCUGAUGUCAGGCCACACCCCUCCUCUCUCCUCCUCCUCUUACUCUCUCCUCCUCCUCUUCUGUGGGCUUCCUCUUCUCCUUUCCUCCCUCCUUCUCUCUUCCUCAGCCAUGAGCCAGAGCCUCCAGGUCAAGCUGGAAGAUUGAUGUUUUUAUAGAGAAGAAGAAAAAAGCAAACAGAUAAAUGAAUGUCUGCAUAAAGUUUCCUCCCAUCUAAGCCACUUCAUUCCUACCAUCUUUCCUUCAUCUCUUUUUUCUGCCUGCAGGCUGGACCAAUGGGGCGGCUCAAUAGAGCAUUCCUUCCUAGUUGCCAUCCAAUCAGUAAAUUGCAAGCUCACAGGAAGCAUCUGCUCCCCUUUUGUUGCAUCUACAGUACGCAUCACUUCCUGCUAUUUGUGCUUCCUACAUCUGGGGUGGGGCUUGUGUUUGUGAUUGACAGGAGCAAGGGCGGCAUUAAGGGCAACAGGAGAUGCUAGGAUGUGGGCUGUUUCUCAGGCUCACUGAGGUGGGAGAGCGCUUCUCUAGAAAAUCUUUUAUUCUAUGGACAAGGCCAAAGUCUUCAAAACAGAAAAUGAAAUGAAAAAUGAAUCCGUCAGUCUCUGUUUUCGAGGAAGAAUGCCAUGUCUGUCUCUGUCUGUCUGUCUGUGUGUGUGUGUGUGAUGGAGGGAGAGAUGGCGAGCCAUGCUUUGCUGACGUGGCUGGUCUUGUAAGCCGAUAAUGAAGAUGUCAGCUGAACUUUGGUGGCAUUGGUGUGCGUCCUGAUGAAUCGCUGCGUUGGAAGGGGAUGUUUGUCUGAAGCUGAUAAGAGCAGAAGGCAGCAGAGGUCAGCGUGCUCUGGGAAGAGGAAACUAGCAGAGAGAGAGGGGAAAAGAGGGAGAAGGUUGGAGCGUAAUUCACCUCUCUUUCCGGCUUGAUGCCGCAGACAGACAGACAGGUAGAUGGGUCGUCCAGGCAGUAAAGCAAAGAGACUGGCAGAUCGACAGACAAGACGGACAGACAGACAGACAGGCAGGAACAUGGGCUGAUAUGUAGAUGGAAUGGCAGACAGGCAGACAGACAGACAGGAAGGUAGGCAGGCAGGGGAGCUGUGUGUAAUGGGAUUUCAGUGACCGCGCUGACCCCAGCGGACUUGUGAGGAGAAUACCGAGGCCAUGCUGAACUGGCCGUACUGCUGUGCUGUUUGUCUGCAUGGCUGCUGACCGCUCAGCAGAUCCUCCGCUAAAGCUAAUCGGGCCCAAGAUCUCGUCACAGACCCUACAACCAACACCACUUGGACUCUCCAGCAUGGAAUGUGCUGCGUUUCACUAGUCUUAAUCAUUAAACAGGAGACAGAUAGGAAAGGAUAGACAGACAGACAGACAGACAGACAUAGACAGAGAGAGAGUGUGGAGAAUGUAGCAUGCCUAAGGAGUCUGAAGCCUUUUCGGCUUUUCGGAAUCGAAACCAGCGAGUUAGCAAACCCAUUUUAAAAUGCAGAGUUUCAGCCACAUUCACGAAGGAAGGAGUUUUUUGUGCUGUGAAUUGCUUCAGCUCCUCAGAAGACUUCACCCUUUGGGUUGGUCUGCAUUGUCUUCCUUGUUUGGUGCUGUGCUGCCAUCUGCUGUUGCUUAGCGGAACUGCAGGUUCGUAAGAGAAAGCCACAUUUAAUACAGAGGAAAAACAAAGGAAUUUGGAUUUUUUCAUGUUAGGAAGAUAGUCAAUAUGAACCUGAAUUUGGGAAUACCAUGAAAAUGGGAAUUGAUUUUUUUUGAGAACAGUAAUGAUGGUUGUUGAAUACUUCAAGCAUUUAUUGUUUUGGGACAUGUAUCUGUGGUAAAGUGUAAGCUCAACGCGUAAUCAUGUACUUUCUUUACAAGUACUUUACAUGUAUGUUGCUCCAUAUAUAUAUAACUCAUUAGCUCUAAACAUGUUGCUCACAUACCAAUACAGGGCAACUGAACUGGACUCUCAAUCCUUGCUCUUGUCAAUCACUUCCCCCUGUGAGCUGUGAUUGGUUGGUAGAAACAGUAACUCUUUCUGAGCAACCAAUCAGGCUGUGAUCUUUCGAUUGGCCUUUUUUACUGCCUCUCUAGUUUUGUCAGCUUUGUCAUUUAUUUCAUUUUCCUUAAUUCCAUCAGGCUAUCUUUCUUUCUCCAUCUCUCUCUUACUCUCUCUCUCUCUCUCUCUCUCGUUCUUUCUGUCUGUGCUUCGGUCUGUCUUUGAGAGAGAGGCUGACUGGUAUGUUUUGGGAAAUUGGGCGGGAGUCAGGAGCCUGCUCCUCUGGUACUUUAGCGAUUUCCUUUGAGCAGAACACUGGCCUCGUGGCCUUCUAUGUAUAUCAAUGUGUUUAUAUAGAACCAGACUGUGAGGGGCGGCCAACGACUGUGCAGAGGUAAACAUAAACAAACAGACAAACAAACAAAAACCGCAAGAGUGGAAGAGAGGAAGUCAAAAAAAAUGUAUUAAAGUGAAUAAUGUGACCUUGGUUCAGCGGAUCUCUCCGGCUGUAUCACUCUUUGUUUUCCUUGUUUGUUAUUCUUUCUCUUUUGGUGACAGACUGUCUGUUAAGUUAAAAUGAGAAACAAGCAAAAGUAUAUUCCGGUAAAAAAAAAUAAAAAAAAUUUAAAGGUUGUUUAUUUGUAUGUUAGGGAGAGGGGGGAGAUCUAACAUGUUGCCCUUUAGUCAGUGGUGAUAGAUAAAAAAAUAAGUAUGUUUUCUUUUAUGUUUUAUUUUUUAAUAAUUAAAAAAAAACAAAUAAAAUGUUUUUUUUUUAAAAACAUUUUUGUGAAUGGUGUUAAGGCCACACCCGAUGUAGUGCAUGAAUCGAGUCUGGGAAACGGAGAACGAAUGGAUGGUCUCGCCUUCAGUCUUUGUGCUUAUGAAAGGAUUUUAAAAAAUGAUAUACAUGAAAUAAAGUUACAUGAAACUGCGUAAAAACACAGGAAAAAAUGAAGUAAACAAAAAAAAAAGAGACAUUGACACACACACACACCCACUCUCUCAUACCGACACAAAUCAUGUUUUUGCGAAGAGUAUGGUCAAGUUUCUCUUUGGGAAAAGUGAGUGUGUGUGUGUGUGCGCGUGUGUAUGUAUGUGUGUGGAAGAGGUCUGGCCUUACUUCAGUGAGCUGUACCAUAGUUAAUAAAUCAAUCUUGUAAA